AUGCUUCAUCAAGUGAUAUUUCCAAUCACUUAUGACGAGAGGUUCUAUGAAGAAAGCUUAAAAAUGGGAGAACUGGUUAAAUUGGCUUAUUUUAAUGAUAUAUGUGUUGGUUGUAUUCGAUGUCAAUUAGAAAAUAAAAAACUAUAUCUUAUGACGCUUGGAGUUUUAGCAGCAUAUCGAGGACUUGGUAUAGGACAAAAACUUUUAAAUCAUAUUUUAGAACAAGCAAAAAAACUAAAUAUAGAAACUAUUUAUUUACAUGUAUGGACAGAAAACAAAGAAGCCAUUGAAUGGUAUACAAAGAGAGAAUUUCAUAUUUUAGAAACAUUAUCAAAUUAUUAUACAAAAAUUCAUCCGGGAACAGCCUAUGUUUUAGUAAGAAACAUUGUAGAUAAUUAA